UGUCGGUGGAUCUAAUCACGCGAUUACAUUAGCAAAACCCAUCUACCACCACUAAAAUACGCCGAGUGCACAUCUUACCAUCAUCUUCCCUACACAACCAUCCCACUCUCACUAUCAAAAUCAAGCACCCAUUCAACCCCAAUCUCCACACACAACAUGCAGAUCUCAACAAAUACUUAACUCUAUUCCACUUUCAAUUCCAUAAGAGAGAAUUAAACAAUGCUUGGCCGGAGUUUACCGUCGCGGUCCGGCAGUUUCCGGCCGGAGAAUGUAGGUCAAAACGCAUUAGCUAUAAUCGGUAACUUGUUCUUCACGUUUUUCGUUAUCGGUGUGUUAGUUUUCACAAUCAUUGCUGCUACUUAUGAGCCUGAAGAUCCUUUGUUUCAUCCUUCAACUAAGAUGACAAGCUUUUUAACUUCCACUUCGAAUGCCACGUUUGUAUCCGAUAGUACGGUUGUGAAAACCGGUGAGGAUUUUAUGGUUGCGAAUGAAACAGUGUAUGGUAGCUCGAUAAAUGCGUCUGAUGUUAGUAGUACGUUUACGCUUGCGGUGAAUGAGGGAGAGGUGGAGGAGAAAGAGGAGCGCGAUUGUAGCGGGGAGGUUGAUAAGGCGGUGGAUUGUACGGAUCCGGAGGUUUUUCAUGUUAUGAUGGCGGCUGCGAUUGAUCAGUUUAAGGAUAUACAUUUUUAUAGGUUUGGGAAGCCGGUUAGGGGCAUUAAUGAUAGUUCGUGUCAUAUGGCAUGGCGGUUUAGGCCGAAAGAAGGGAAGACUGCGGCGCUGUAUAAGGAUUAUCGGAGUUUUGUGAUUUCUCGGUCGAAGAAUUGUACGCUUAGUGUUGUGAGUAUUGGGGAUUAUCAUUCGGGUGGGAAUGCGAGGAAGAGAAAGAAGCAUCGGAAAGACGGGUUCGAGAAAACGCCUAUGGGUGACGAUGAUAAGAAUAUCGGCGUUCAAGUGGUUGGAGAAACUGUUAACGAUUCUCUCCCUGUCGUUGAAUCGGAGAAGUCGUUUGAUCAAGGUAAGUAUUUGUUGUAUAACGGCGGUGGGGAUAGAUGCAAGAGUAUGGAUCAUUAUCUAUGGAGUUUUAUGUGUGCGUUAGGUGAAGCUCAGUACUUGAACCGUACGCUUGUAAUGGACUUGAGCAUUUGCUUGUCAUCUGUUUAUACCAAGUCGGGUCGUGAUGAAGAAGGGAAAGAUUUCAGAUUUUACUUCGAUUUUGAGCAUUUGAAGGAAUCGGCGUCGGUUUUGGAUCAGGGUCAGUUUUGGGUAGAUUGGAACAAAUGGCAUCAGAAAGACGGGUUAAGUAUUUCUCUUGUGGAUGAUCUUAGAAUAACCCCGAUGAAGUUGGCUGGCGUGAAGGACACGUUGAUAAUGAGAAAGUUUGGGAGCGUUGAGCCGGAUAAUUACUGGUAUAGAGUGUGUGAAGGUGAAGCGGAAUCCGUUGUUCAAAGACCAUGGCACUUGAUAUGGAAAUCGAAACGAUUAAUGGACAUCGUUUCGGCUAUCGCCGCGAAAAUGAACUGGGAUUUCGACUCGGUUCAUGUUGUGAGAGGUGAGAAGGCACGGAAUCAAGAACAAUGGCCGAAUCUCGCAACAGAUACUUCACCCGACGCGCUUCUUUCCUCUUUACAAGAUAAGGUCGAUGAUGGAAGAAACUUAUAUAUUGCUACCGAUGAACCAGACGUUUCUUUCUUUGACCCUUUGAAAGACAAAUAUUCCACUCAUUUUCUUGACGAAUACAGCAGUCUUUGGGACGAGACCAGCGAGUGGUACAGUGAGAUGAAAAAGCUGAACAAUGGUGUUGCGGUUGAGUUUGAUGGAUACAUGAGGGCUUCUGUUGACACCGAGGUUUUCCUGAGGGGCAAAAAGCAAAUCGAGACUUUUAAUGAUCUCACCAGAGACUGUAAGGAUGGUAUCAACACUUGCAGUUCUUGAGGUUUUUGAGUUCUCUCAUGUUUGUAUGUUAAGUUAAAGUCACUUGUUACAAGUUUUGUUGUUUAAAACAGAUAAUUUGACAUUAAGUAGCACUGUCUUAUUUAUUUUUUCCAAUGUGUUUGUUUAUCAAUAGUAAGUUAUGCUUUGUCUCUUUUUAAA